UCUGGGACCUCAGGACAGUCAGAGCAGACAGCUGGAACCGGCCUCAGCUCAGUUGUUCAAGUGGAUUACUACAUCUGAAGGCAGGAGAGCAGGACAAGCUGACACAGCAGCAGAAAGCAGAAACGGUGAAAGAAAAGCAGAAGCAGCUGGAAAGUAGCUCCUGUUAGACCAGCACUGGUCUGAGCAGAGCGGGGAGGCUUCCUCUGCUCUGGAACCCACGCAUGGUUUGGACCAGCACAGCCGGUGUUUUGUGGCCUGAUAAUGUCCUGAGAUCACAGUGACCAGAGAGGAGGCAGAUAAAGAAGUGGAGCAAAGUGGAGAAACAAGUCUUCAGAAGGAAGAAGCUGCAUGUUGACUUUUGCUGGUGAAGGAGCAACACUGAGCUUCAGCCGGAGGUGGCUGCAGCGUGACCAGGAUGAGGGAGCAGCGCUGUGGCUCCACACAGCCGACGGAGAUCAGUAAUGGAGCAGCCAGACUGCUGAAGAGCCUGACGAAGGCCUGCUGGACUUGACAGCCUCAAAAAGAAAAGCAGAUUGGAAGAACAGAAGAGAGACAGAGAGAGAGUGAAGAUGAUAAGGAAGAUGAAUAGAUGUGGAAAUGAAGGGAAAGGCAGAGGGUGAGAAGUGAGAGGCCAAGUUUGAGCGUGAAAGGAGGAGAUAAAGCACCAGCGUGUACCAUCACAUCUAGACGGGAUCAGGAGGACACAGCAGCAGUCACCAUGUUCAUGAACUUCCGUCGUAUCCACAAGUGCCAGUGUGUGCAGCUGCUGACUACAGGCCUGGCUCUGUGCAUGAUGGUGGUCUGCUGGGAGGAGCUGGACCACCACGUGGUCAGCCACAUGAGGUCCUACACUUACCGCUACCUGAUCAACAGCUACGACUUCCUCAACUCCUCCCUCAUCAUCACCCCCAGCCAUCAUCACAACAAGGAUGGUUCCAACAGAGUGGCCAGUGGGCCCGUGAACUACCCCUACCUCAUCAACCACCCAGGCAAAUGUGGAGGCGGAGAUGGACGAACCUGGGACGACGUCCUCCUGCUUCUGUUUGUGAAGUCAUCCCCAGAGAACUCUGAGCGGCGGCAAGCCAUCAGGGACACGUGGGGCAACGAGAGCUUUGUUUGGGCAGAACUUGGGGUGAGCGUGAGGUUGGUGUUUGCCAUCGGCGUUCAUCCAGACGUCGAGGGGAGAUCCAAGGUGCAGAGGGCGCUGCUGCAGGAGGAUCAAACCUACGGAGACCUGAUCCAGCAGAACUUUGUGGACACGUUCCACAACCUGACAACUAAACUGAUCCUGCAGUUCCACUGGAGCCAAACCUACUGUCCUCAGGCGCACUUCCUCAUGUCUGCCGAUGACGACAUCUUCGUCCAUAUGCCGAAUUUGGUGAAGUAUUUGCAGCAUCUCCUGAGUAGCCAAUCAGGGGCUAAAGGCCUGUGGGUGGGGCACGUGCACAGGGGAGCCCCUCCGGUUCGCCGCAAAGACAGCAAAUACCACGUUCCCUACGCCCUGUACCCCUGGCCUUCCUACCCAGACUACACGGCAGGAGCAGGGUAUGUGGUUUCAGGGGAUGUAGCCGCUAAGAUCUACCAGGCGACUCGGUUGCUCAACUCCUCCAUGUACAUCGACGAUGUCUUCAUGGGGAUGUGUGCCAAGGCCAUGGGGAUCUCUCCCCAGGGCCAUGUGUACUUUUCAGGCGAGGGCAAGGCUCCGUACCAUCCCUGCAUCUAUGAUCACAUGAUCACGUCACACGGUCACGCCACAGACGUGCGCUCACUCUGGCAGGCGGCAACAGACCCUAAGACAUACAGACAUUCCCAGGGAUUCAUGGGUAAUGUGUACUGCACGGCAGUGAGAGUGAUGCUGCUGUGUACGCCGUACUACCAGAACACAUACUCCUGUGUUGCUGCUUUUACAUAAAUGGUCUGAAGGUGACACAAAGCGAUACCUCACAGCACUGCCAUGGUCUGUUUCACCUUCCACUGGCUGUCUGGUGCACACGUACUCUUGUAAUAUGGAUCAAACCUGUUCUGUUAAGCAGACAAAUGCAGUUUGCUCUUUAUUUAACACGUCAGGUUCUGUUUACACGAGUACCGUCUGUGUCUGUGUGCACAGAGCUGCACUCCUUUAUUCACUUGCCAGGUUCUGAUUGCUUUCUGAAGGGGUUCAGCUCUGCCUGGAGAGUCCAAAUGACUUUUAAACUUUAAGUUCAAUAUGAUGAAUUAUGGAUUUACUCAGGCAAUCGACAGAGUUCAUUUCAUGCUCCGCACAGAUCAGCUUCUGGCAGUAAUGUGUUGUUACUGUUUGAGGCUGUGUCGUCUAUCAAAGCUCCAUGAGCGGCUUCACAAACUCCCGAGCUCAGCAAAGUGCCAGAACUGUUUGACUUGAUAAUGCAGCUGCCAUGUGAGGGUUAAUCUGACCAGCUUCAUUGGUUUUAUAAAUGCUUGGAUCAUAACGUUGAAGCAGAGUGCAGUAGCAAUGUGGCCAUAAAUCACACACGUUAGCAACUGGUGCAUUUUCUUGUGUUUGUUUUGCGUAACUUUUUGAAUUUCCCCACAUCAGGCUGACUAAGUGCAAUUAGACGUUUCCUGUUGGACACCAGCUCACCAGCUGGAGAGAGGCUGUGUGUGUGCCAGACCGAGCUAAACGAUGCCAGAUGAUUGCAUUUCCUUUUACACAGUGCAGACAGAACAGAAAACAGAAGCUGUUUGAGUCGGUCGGGGUCACAGGGUGAUUAAGAGCUAUUGUGCAUCUUUUUAUUUCCAUUGUGAGCGAGCUUGGGACUCAUCGACAUCUCAAGGUUCCUUCCUGAUGUGUUUGUCCUCCUCACCACACUCCUCCCUCCUCUUUUCCUGACAAUCUCUUCCUUUCUCGCCACAGUUGCUCCUCUGCAUCCUGUUGAACUGUGUGUUUUAUGAAAACGCUCAGACGGGCUGAAUCAUCGUGACAUUUUUUAUUGUUGGGAAGCUUCUAUUAUUAAAAGAGCCAUGUUAUGAACUUGA